UGACGUCACGUCUUGCUGGGCGGAUUGGUCGGUGCUCGUUCUUCCUUCCCUUUUGAACUACGUAAUUUACGUACCAGGUAGCGUAGCGUAGCCCCCUUAGACCACGAUCCCUGCAUGUAUGACAGCUGGGCAUCCCAAAUUAGCCGGUGACUCUCCUAGGCCACACCUGUUCUGGCAAUUUGCAUAUGGCUUGCAGCCUGUGAUAACAAACAUGAGCGUGCCACAGGGCAGCAAUUGCUGAACUUGCUACAGUGUUCUGGGCACUUGUGACUCAGGCUGGCAGCAGGGAUUUAAAAUGAGAACUUGGAGCCCCCUGCCCCUCAGUGGUAGUAGCAGGCAUGGGUAGGGAUAUGGGUGCUCAGUAGCUGAGUAUAUCCAGCAGGUCCCUUAGCUGCUCUCUUCCCAUUAGAUGCUCAGGCACCCAGGGAGACUACAUAGACCUGGUACAGUAUACUGGAGCUUACUUGGAAGCUGCUGAAGAUAUUGGUGCUCAUAGAGAGCCCAUUCAUCACAGGCAUGAGACAUGGCAUCUGUCAAGGUGGCAGUGCGAGUCCGUCCGAUGAACCGCAGGGAGAAGGAUCUGGAGGCUAAAUUUAUUAUUGAAAUGGAAGGCAAGAAAACAAAAAUUACCAAUAUAAAGUUGCCGGAUGGUGUAACGGGGGACUCUGGUAGAGAUCGAACUAAAACAUUCACCUAUGACUUUUCCUACUUCUCGGCAGAUAGUAAAAAUUCAAACUACGUGUCUCAAGAAUGGGUUUUUAAAGACCUUGGCACGGAUGUCCUCAAGUCUGCAUUUGAAGGCUAUAAUGCCUGUGUAUUUGCGUAUGGACAGACUGGUUCUGGAAAGUCAUAUACUAUGAUGGGCAACCCGAGUGAUUCUGGUCUAAUACCCAGGAUUUGUGAAGGAUUGUUCAGUAAGAUUGCUGAAAUUACAAGGAGUGGUGAUGCAUCUUUUCGUACAGAAGUCAGUUACUUAGAAAUUUACAAUGAAAGAGUAAGAGAUCUGCUUAGGAGAAAGUCAUCGAAAACCUUUAAUUUGCGAGUUCGAGAGCAUCCCAAAGAAGGUCCUUACGUUGAAGACUUGUCAAAGCACUUAGUCCAGAAUUACAGUGAUGUGGAGGAGCUAAUGGAUGCUGGGAACAUCAACAGAACCACCGCUGCUACAGGAAUGAAUGAUGUGAGCAGCCGAUCACAUGCCAUAUUUACCAUCAACUUCACUCAGGCCAAAUUUGAUGCUGAAAUGCCUUGUGAGACGGUCAGCAAGAUUCAUUUAGUGGAUCUGGCGGGAAGCGAGCGAGCAGAUGCCACCGGUGCUACUGGCGUGCGACUCAAGGAAGGAGGGAACAUUAAUAAGUCUCUCGUAACUCUGGGAAACGUCAUUUCUGCCUUAGCUGAUUUAUCUCAGGAUGCAGCCAAUCAUCUUGUGAAGAAGAAGCAAGUUUUCGUGCCUUACAGAGAUUCUGUUCUGACUUGGCUGUUAAAAGAUAGCCUGGGUGGAAACGCCAAAACCAUAAUGAUUGCCACUAUUUCGCCUGCUGAUGUCAAUUAUGGAGAAACUUUAAGUACACUUCGCUAUGCAAAUAGAGCCAAAAACAUUAUCAACAAGCCCACCAUUAAUGAGGAUACUAAUGUCAAGUUAAUACGCGAGCUUCGAGCUGAAAUUGCUCGCCUGAAAGCCUUGCUAGCUCAGGGGAAUCAGAUUGCACUUUUGGAUUCACCCACUGCGUUAAGUAUGGAAGAAAAACUGCUACAGAAUGAAGCCCGUGUAAAAGAAUUGACAAAGGAAUGGACUAACAAGUGGAAUGAAACGCAGAACAUAUUAAAAGAACAAACUCUGGCUCUUCGCAAAGAGGGGAUCGGAGUCAUCCUGGAUUCUGAGCUGCCUCAUCUCAUUGGCAUUGAUGACGAUCUUCUAAGCACCGGCAUUAUAUUGUAUCACUUGAAGGAGGGUCGCACAUAUGUUGGAAGAGAGGACGCUGCGUCAAAGCAAGACAUUGUUCUACAUGGCCUUGAUUUAGAAAGUGAACACUGCAUCUUUGAAAACCUCAAUGGCACAGUGACCCUUAUUCCACUGAACGAAGCCCAGUGUUCAGUAAAUGGAAUACAGAUUAUCGAGUCAACUCAGCUGAAUCAAGGUGCUGUUAUCCUCCUGGGAAGGACCAACAUGUUUCGCUUUAAUCAUCCAAAAGAAGCUGCUAAAUUAAGGGAAAAAAGGAAGAGUGGCCUGCUUUCUUCUUUCAGUCUAUCUAUGACCGAUCUCUCAAAAUCAUGUGAAAAUCUUUCCGCUGUUAUGCUUUACAAUCCUGGCUUUUUCCCUGUAAAAGGACCAAUCUGUCUAAGACUGGAAUUUGAAAGACAACAAAGAGAAGAACUUGAAAAACUGGAAACUAAAAGGAUAAUGAUAAAAAAGAUGGAAGAAAAACAGAGAUCUGAAAAGGCUGAACUGGAAAAAAUGCAGCAAGAAGUAGAGUACCAGCGUAAAGAAACAGAGAUUGUCCAGCUUCACAUCCGCAAACAAGAAGAGAGCCUGAAGAGGCGAAACAUGGAUAUUGAAACCCGGCUGAAAGAUUUGCUGGCUGAAAAGGAAAAAUUUGAAGAAGAAAGAAUUAGAGAACAUCAUGAAAUAGAACUCCAGAAAAAGAAACAGGAAGAAGAGUGUUUUGCAAGAGUCCAGCAAGAACUUCAGAGACUUCAGGAACUUCACAGUUCAGAAAAGGCAGAGAAAAUGGAAAUCUUUAAAGAACUGGAAAAACUGAAAAAGGAGAAGGACGAGCAGUAUAUGAAACUAGAGGUGGAAAAGAGACGGCUGGAAGAGCAAGAGAAAGAACAAUUAAAGCUUGUUCUUCGCCUUGAGGAACAACUUAGAGAAAAGCAGGAGAUGAUCCAACUUCUCAAAAGAGAUGAUUUCUUGAGAUUAGAAGAAGAAAUUCAAGUUCUUGAAGAUGUCAGAGAAGAUCUUCUACGAGCUAAGGAAGCUAGGUCUGAAGGAGAAGAAGACCGUGAUGAGGUGGAAAAAGCAACAAAUAAGUACACCACUUUUAAGAGACUGCAGUUAGGUCAAUUGUCGGGCUUGGUUGGUGAUUUGAACCUGCAAAAAGAUUGCUUAGAGAAGGAGAUAAUUGCUGAUCGUGACAUUCUCUGCAGAUUAAAUCUCUCAUAUAUGGAACACAAGAAAGAUGAUGAUUGCUCAUUGUCCACAACUCCUAUGAAUGAGGAAGUGGACAUGAUAAAGCAAACAGAACACAGAUUACACUGUAAGGAGCGGCAACUAGAGUACAUAAAGCAGAACAAUUUGCCUGCCUUGUUGGAUGAAAAGCAAAGAGCAUCUGAGGUUCUGGAUAGUGGUUUGCUUGGGUUAGACAAAACUUUAUUUCAGAUUGAAAAGGAAAUUGAAGAAAAGGCUGAUCAGCUUGCACAGUUCAGAGCCAGCAGUGACCAACUGCAACAGCUGCAAGAAACCUUUGAGUUUACAGCUAACAUUGCCCGCCAGGAAGAGAAAGUUAGAAAAAAGGAGAAGGAGAUCCUCGAAUCAAGGGAAAAGCAGCACAGGGAGGCCUUGGAGCAAGCAGUUGCUAAAUUGGAACGUAGACAUUCAACACUCCAAAAACAGUCUACAAUAGAUGUGGAAAUAGAAGAGCAGAAACGGAAGCUGGCCGCUAUGGACAGCAGCCAAGAACAGGCCGGUCUCCAGGCAAGCUUAGAAGCUGAACAGAAAGCUUUGGAGCAAGACAGGGAGCGGUUAUCUCAUGAGAUCCAGCAACUGAAACAGAAGAUCUAUGUGACUGAUCCUCUUUCAAAGAACCUGUCAGGAGCCCUGGAGGAAAAGCCUCCCCUCGCUAACUCUCCGGCAACACCAGUGAAAUCUCCGUCACAUUUGCUUCAGUUAACCGAUGACAGUAUACAUGCGUACAUUGAAGAAGAAGUGCAGAGACGGCUUCAAAAUGUUAAUUUGCCUUGUGAGGACCUCAGCAGCCUCAGUAUGUCCUACUCUUAUGAAACUGAAAAGGGGAGUGACACUUUUCUAAAUGGUAUCACUAAAAGAAAAAUGAAGUAUGAGAAAAUACAACAUCCUCCGGCAAAUUGUGGAAAGAGAUCUGUUCCCAAGAUCGGAGCUCUAUCCUCUCCACCUACGAGACAAGUCAGCAUGGCAUUUAUUGAAAGGCAGAAUGUAAAUCCUGUGCCUGCUAAUUUGUAUUCUGGCUUCACAAGAAAAUGUUCUGACUCUCAAGAGAAACAUUUGAAGGAUGAGCAUGAGAAGGGGAAAAAUAGAUCAUCCAUUAGUGAAUAUUUUGACUUUCUGUCUGACACAGAACGUGAACCAAGGCACCUUCUCAGUAGAAAUCUCUCUAACAGCGAAUGCGCUCAUCAAAACAUCUCAUCUACUUCUCAGCAAAUUCCUGCCAAGACCAAAGGGAAGCAUUUAGAAAGUGUAUCUGGUGACCGCGAUUUCUUUCAAAUGGAAUCUGACCGGACUUUCUUCCAGCAGAUGUCCUCCUCCGAGAUGAAUGCAGCUGAUAAUGAGCAACCUGAGUACAAUGAUGUAUUUCAUGGUAAUCUCUCGGAGGCCAGUAUGCUUCCUGAAAAAGAUUUAAAGAUGAACUACCCAACUCACCAGGGUAUCCUCCAACAGUCGCCUGCAUGUCAGCGUGACUCUGAUUCUUGCAGAGAUGGCUCCUUGUGCCAAGACGCAAAACCACAUAAAUACAGCCUGCAAAACCUUUUUAGCAAUUUUUCUUCUCUUUACAAGGAGCGGCAGCUAUCGUCAAUACAGAAUGUUAUUAAGCACACUAAGGAGUUGUGUCGUGUACAGGCAGAUAGCAUACAGCACAUUCCAGGUUUCUCACGAAUUAAAGACCUCCAGUUUGGGAAGUAUUUUCAGUUAACACAGUCAAACAAGAAACAAACGGACUUAGCGGUUAUGCAUCCCCAUGAGAACAAGGUGACACUGUACAGCAUUGUGCAAUCAGACAUGGAGUACACAGAAGCCAGACAGCCAAUGCUGUGCAAGCUUUCUCUUAGGAAAGACGCAGAGGGCCAGCAUCUAUGUAAAAAUGAAAACCAUGUGCCAGAAGGCGGCAAUUUGUUCCCGCACAAUUUUUUGAAGUUCCCAGAAAAGCUCUUGAGACUUAAGAACCACCAUGCGGAAGACUUUCUGGAUUACUUCCUCUGCAAUUUGCCAGACUUGCACGUCCACAAGAAUGAUUUUAGAAGUGUAUAUUGGCUUUCAGUUGCCAACAAGUGCCACCUGGAGCCACAGCCUGCAUGCUUACUUGUGUUCACGUCACAUCUGUACUUUGUGUCAGUUACUGACACUGAAUCUGUGCAUCUCUUUACUGUUCCACUCAUGUCUUUGCAAGAACUUCACAUCUGCUUUGGAGGACAAAGUGUAGAUCUUCUUGGGUCCUUUGAGGACUCUCCUCUGACUAUAUUUACAUUUGAUAGUCCUUAUACUCUUCAGCUAUGUCGAGUUUUGGCAAACAUGCUGAUGACUGACUCAGACUACGCCAAGUCUAUCAGACAUCCGCUCCUCAGUAGGGAUCUGAUGGAGCUGUCAACCGACUGGAACGCAGAAAUCGCUGACUUUGUUUGCACUAAUGGAUUUAAAGUGACUUCUAACUUCAGGAGUGCAUUAGCUGACAUAGUUUAUCUGCUUCAUGAAAAUACCAAUGAAACAAAACCACCAUUAGGAGAUAUGCACUUGUUGCUGUACACAUCGGCAAUGAUAGAACUUAAACAUGGACAAUGUUCAUAUAGAUCAAUAGCUCUCACUAACACAUCCAUAGCUCUUGUGCAUGAUGGAGUGCUUCAUCCAAACUUGUGGCUUACCGGCCCGUCAUCUUCACACUGCAGUCACAUACGGAUGCACAGUUUGAGUGAUGUAAAAGUCAUUAUAUUAACAGACGGAGACGAUUUAACCAAGGUGACCAUUGUUUUUUCUAGAAAGGGCAAAGAAGUAGACCCGCACAUAGGUGAAAGUGAAUUGCUUACCCUUGUUUCUCGAUCGGACUUGAAGGACAACUUGUCUACAGCUACAGAUGUGUGGAAAAUGACUCUCAGUUCAUAUAAACAUGCCCUUUUUCUUAUCAAGAACUUAAUACGCUAAGUCAUACAGAUGUGUCCUCAUACACUAUUUCUGCACUGGCACCAACAUCCCUUCUUAGAGUACCAGGUCCUGCGCAGCUCAGCUUGUGCUGCACAUUUUUGUUUAAGAGAAUGUCAUUGCAGUGUGAUGCGACAAAACCACUUUGAAAGACUGCACUGAGUAAUUUGAUAUGCGUCACUUGUAUAUCUGUAUGCGAAGUGCUACGAUGCAACAGCCUCGGCUUUUUUUCAUAUCAAGUUUUGUUGUGCUUCGUAUACAGACUCAGACUCUGUGGCACACAGGGGCACUUCUAGAGAGAAGGAUGCACGUGUGCAGUCUCUGUCUUGGCACCCUCCUCUCUAGCUGGCAGCAAUGUAGACUCUGGGCACUAGGGUCACUAGGGCAUCCUGGCGCUGUCUCAGAGUCUACUGCGCAUAUGCAGGUCCCUUGGGAAAUGGCACGUGGCCAUUUUCCCCGUGAUUUUCUUAUUGCGCAUGUGCAAAAUGCCUGGAAGAUGCCUGCUGCGCCAUUAUUUCUGCAGUGAUGCUGCUGAUGUGGGACUCUGGAGGGUAAGUAUUGAA